GGAUCAGAAUGGGAGAGCAGUGGGUGGACAUUUCAUCUGAUCUCCUCAUUCCUCCAAGGUGACAGUCAUUUUGUACUUCCGUCUGUGGAUAAUGGGAGGAACCAUGCCCCUCUUCUCAGAGCAAGACAACCCAGCUUCGUUCUCACCUUAUGUCCUUACCAGGUUCCUCACUUACUCCUACCUCCUGGCCUUCAAUGUAUGGCUCCUGCUGGCACCCAUCACCCUGUGCUACGACUGGCAAGUGGGCAGCAUCCCUUUGGUGGAGAGCAUAUGGGAUGUGAGGAACCUUGCUACCAUCCUUCUGGCAGUGGUGAUGGCCCUGCUGAGCCUGCACUGCAUGGCAGCCUUCAAGAAGCUGGAGCACAAGGAAGUGUUGGCCGGCUUGCUGUUCCUCGUGUUCCCGUUCAUUCCAGCCAGCAACCUCUUCUUCAGGGUGGGCUUUGUGGUGGCCGAGAGAGUCCUGUACAUGCCGAGCAUGGGCUACUGCAUUCUCCUCGUGCACGGACUGAGCAAGCUCUGCGCUGGGCUGAGCCGCUGCGGGGCCACCUCCCUGGUGACGGCCACUGUGUUGCUGCUGCUGCUCUUUUCCUGGAAAACCGUGAAGCAGAACGAGAUCUGGCUGUCCAGAGAGUCCUUAUUCAGGUCGGGAGUUCAGACUCUGCCCCUCAACGCCAAGGUUCAUUACAACUACGCAAAUUUCCUCAAAGACCAAGGUCGGAACAGGGAGGCUAUCUACCACUACAGAACCGCCCUCAGGCUGUACCCGCGCCAUGCAAGUGCGCUGAACAACCUUGGGACCCUGACAAAGGACACUGCAGAAGCGAAGACAUACUACCAGAGGGCGCUGCAGCUCCACCCGCAGCACAACCGCGCACUCUUCAACCUGGGCAAUCUCCUCAAGUCCCAGGGGAAAGCGGAGGAAGCCAUCCUGCUGCUGAAGGACUCCAUCAAGUACGGCCCGGACUUCGCCGACGCCUACUCAAGCCUGGCUUCCCUCCUGGCUGAGCAGGAAAGAUUUAAAGAAGCCGAGGACGUCUACCAGGCUGGAAUAAAGAACUGUCCAGACAGCUCAGACUUACACAACAACUAUGCAGUUUUCUUGGUUGACUCUGGCUUCCCAGAGAAGGCCGUGGCUCACUACCAGCAGGCCAUCCAGCUCAGCCCAAGCCAUCACGUGGCUGUGGUGAAUCUGGGCCGACUCUACAGGUCCCUGGGAGAGAACAGCAUGGCUGAAGAGUGGUACAGACGCGCCCUGCAGGUGGCCCGCACAGCUGAGGUCCUGUCACCUUUGGGAGCACUCUAUUACAACACUGGCCGACACAAGGAGGCUCUGGAGGUCUACCGGGAAGCUGUCUCACUCCAGCCUUCCCAGAGGGAUCUGCGCCUGGCACUGGCACAGGUUUUAGCAGUGAUGGGUCAGACUGCAAAAGCUGAAGAGAUAACCCUCCACAUAGUGUCUGAGGAGCCCAGAUGCCUGGAAUGCUACCGCCUGCUGUCAGCAAUCUACAGCAAGCAGGAGCACCAUGAGAAGGCGCUCGAGGCCAUAGACAAGGCUCUUCAGCUGAAGCCCAAGGACCCAAAGGUCACAUCGGAACUUCUCUUCACAAAAGGAAACCAGCUAAGAGAGCAGAACAUUCUGGACAAAGCUUUUGAGAGCUAUGAAGCUGCUGUGACCCUCGACCCUGGCCAGGCGCAGGCGUGGAUGAACAUGGGCGGCAUCAGGCACAUGCAGGGAAGCUACGUGUCUGCGCGGGCCUAUUAUGAGAGGGCCCUGGGGCUGGUUCCUGACAGCAAGCUGCUGAAGGAGAAUGUGGCCAAGCUGGACCGGCUGGAGCGAAGGCUGCAGGAAGUCCGAGAGCGGGAUCAGACCUAGAGCAGAGAAGGACACAGUCACAUGGCGCUCAGCAGGCUGGAAGAGGACAGAGUGGGGGAGGCCUUGCUUACACACACCAGGCUCUGCCAGCCAGGCAGUCCCCUCCUGGUGACACAGUGGGACACAGCAAAGGCGAGCAGCCUGUCUGCAGGGAAGGGAAGUAGCAAGUGCUUACUUUACAGGCUCCUCUGCGACUGCCAGUCCCCAGGACUGCAGCCCACAGAUGCAGAAGCCGC